AUGAAGCCAAGUGUGAAGUUUAUCUUGUUGCUGUUGGCAAUCGGCGGUCAAUGGUUAGCAAAGGCUCAACAGGAGGAGGUCUCGGAUUUGGACACUGACGUGGAAUCCACUACUUCUACGGACGUCGAUGAGCAGAAUGGUACCAACCAACCAUCAGACGGUCACAGAGUUGGUCGAAUCUACGGUGGAGCGACAGCAAUUACUGCCUACCAAAAAUUCCCUGCGUUAAUUCAUGUGUACUCAAACAAAAUAGUAACACAAUUGGUUGGCAUUAUCGCAAGCCCCACUAGGAUUAUGACUUCUGCAUCCGCUUUGACCGCCAUUAGCGGUAUUUCGGCGGGGUUUGGCCUCUUUUCCCUAGCAACCGCAGAAAUUGUGGUAUCUUCCACGAACCGCACAAACUGUGUAGUACUUGGGUGGGGACAGUUCGCAAAUGGUAGCAAUAAUUAUAUCCUCACCCAAGCCGAUUAUGAGUUACUCACCGAUCAGGAAUGUACAUUACAAUUUGGUCAAGCGCUACCUCCCUCGGUCCUAUGCGCACGAUCGGUAAGUGGUUAUGCAUGCAAUUUGGACGGCGGUGCCCCGCUGGUGUGCAAUAACGCGGUGUACGGCAUUCUUACCGACCAAUCAGGCUGCACAGCUUCCAGCACCCCGAAAGUUCAAAAGUUUGCCAAAUUACCGGUAAUCUUUCCACCACCGGCUACUCCAGCUCCUACUCCAGCUCCUACUCCUGCCCCUACUCCUGCCCCUACUCCUGCUCCUACUCCAGCUCCUACUCCAGCGCCGCCACCAAGGAAAAAUUACGUAUCUUGCUCCUAA